GAAAAACCAACUUUAUGAUACAAUGAAAAAAAAAGAAGAAAAACUAGUUAAUCGAGGCACAGUUCUUCGUCGCGUUGAACCCGGUAUGAAGAGGAACAAGUGAGAGCGGCAUUACGUCACUGCGGAGCCAGUAUCGAUCGAAUCUGGACCGCGUGUACAUCCAGAAUCAUCCCAGUAGCCCGUAGUUGAUUUCGCUUCGGGAAAAAAAGCGCUAUUCGCAGCUAAAAUUAGAACAAAUUUGCUAAUCUCGAUUGGUGAGCGUGUGGGUGCGUGCAUGAAAAGUAUGUGGUUGCAUUGUGGUGGUUAGUGGCCAGCGCAUUGUCUGGAUAUCGCCGCAAUUUGGCCAGAUUCUGGAUAUGCGGUUGCAAUAAAAAGGUGGGGACAUGAGGUGGAGGAGUUCAGGGGGGCCCGCGGGGGGCAGGUAGCGCUGCGGGACCCCCGGCUCCAGCAUGAGGCGCGGUAGAGAAUGAAGAAGCAAAACGUCCGCACCCUCUCACUCAUAGUGUGCACCUUCACUUACCUGCUCACUGGGGCGGCAUUCUUCGACGCUCUCGAGUCCGAAACUGAGAGCAAACGCAAAAUCGUACUUCAAGAAAUUCAAGUAAUAAUUAGACGUAAGUACAAUAUAAGCGACGAAGACUUUCGGAUACUGGAAACUGUCGUGAUGAAGUCUGAACCGCAUCGGGCUGGACAGCAAUGGAAGUUCACAGGGGCAUUUUACUAUGCCACCACUGUACUGACAACAAUAGGGUAUGGGCAUUCCACUCCGAGCACUAUCACCGGCAAAUUAUUCACCAUGAUGUAUGCCAUGAUUGGAAUUCCCCUGGGCCUGGUUAUGUUCCAGAGCAUAGGCGAAAGAGUUAAUAAACUUAGUAGCGUGAUUAUUCGCUCUGUCCGAUCCUCUCUUCACUGCAAACAGACGACGGCGUCCGAACUGGACCUGAUUUGUGUCGUGACGUUCCUCUCCUCUCUCACCAUCCUUGGUGGAGCUGCAGCGUUUUCACGUUACGAAGGAUGGAGCUACUUCGACUCUGUCUACUACUGUUUCAUCACGUUGACCACUAUCGGCUUUGGAGACAUGGUGGCUCUGCAAAAGGACAACGCGCUCAGCCAAAAACCCGAAUAUGUGAUGUUCUCGUUGAUUUUCAUCUUGUUCGGUUUGGCGAUUGUGGCCGCCUCAUUGAAUCUUCUGGUGCUGCGCUUUGUCACCAUGAACACGGAGGACGAACGAAGAGAUGAGGCGCAAGCCAUUCAGGCUCUGGCUGGCGCAGUUAGGCUGGAUGGGGACGUGAUAACGGCAAAUGGGUCAAUUUUGAGUGGCCAGAUCGGGCAUCAUUGCACAGAAACCACUUCUUUAGAUAUCGACGACACCUCAGUGUGUUCCUGUCCCUGCGGCUGCAUCCCAACGAACAGUAGACACAGGUAUAUAUUCACCGUGCGAAGAUCGCCAACUCAAAUACGGCAUCUGUUGCCUGUUCUUCCGAUGCACGAGCUUCAUCUGCCUCAAGGGCCGAUUCUGCCGCCGCCCGCCAUCUACCCCAAUCACCGGGCAUCGAUUUGACUUGGUUUCGUUGGCAAACAGACUUAGCCCCUAUGGAUCAAUGUGAUAUUAACGACAUCCCAGUGAAAAAUUGCAGAGGAUUCUUGCAAAUUUCGACCGAUCCUCACAUCUUUGCACCCUGUAUAUUGAACCAAACGAUUCUGAUUACACAUAUCAACAGUCAAGGACUGUUUUUUAAAAUUAGCAAGCACAAACUGUUUUUGCCAUUAAUUCUCCUGCCUGCCUUUAGAUGCUCUGUUUUUAACUUUUUUGGGCAACUGUUUUUCUUUUGAAUCUUAAAUUUCAAUUGAAAUCAAAUGGAUCGACUAGAUUUGCAAGCGCUGUAAAAGUUGCAACCGAAAAUGCCGAAAUGCAGCGUUUUCAGUAAAACGAAUUAUAAAUAAUGUAAUAUAAAUCAUAUUUUUUAAUUUAGUAUGAGUCGCCCGCAUGAAUCAUCCCAAAAUGUGCCACUUCGAACCAAAACUGAAUUUUGGGAUGAUUUGAAUGAUCGAUGAACCAUUAAAGUCGCAUGAUGAUAAUAAUUAUAAUAGAAAUACGUUAUCAAUAAUAAAGCCAUUUUUCAACUCAGAGCUCAAUGUUGUUUAGAAACAGGGAAGCAUGAACAAAAACUGGAUUGGUUUGCUGCUGCAGUUAAAAAUGGCUUUAACGCGAUGGAAGUCUUAAAAGUCAUUUGCUGAACCUUUUCGGACCUUCGAGGCUUUCAUUGGAAACUUCCAUUUAAAAAUGAACAAUUUGGGAUCAAGCUACCGUAGAUGUUGAUUAACGACUUCUAAACUUGUUCUACACUUAUUAGCUCGGAUUUGAGGUGCUUAAAUAAACCAAUUCUGAUGACUGAAUUCAGUUUUCCCAUCUAUAUGAAGCAAUUAUUGUAACAGCAAAUUCGUUUGCAUUUGUGCACAUCCCCUUUAGAUGAAUCGCAAAUUCUAAACUACCUUAUAACUACUGUAACUUUUAAAUUUCCUGUACAUAGAUUUUACCAAUACAUACACAUAGGUAGAUAGAAUUUUAACAUUUUCAACUAACCAAAUGUGUUAACCAUUUGAAUGGUCAUACCUAGCGCGUAAGGAAAAUCAGAUAUUUUAUAUCUUGAUCAGUAGGUGUUUUAUUCACUUUUGUAUAGGAAUCAAGCGACGUCUGUGUAAAAACCUGCAAGCUUUCACGUAAUUUUGAAAAAAUCUCAACGUUUUUAUAUCAUUUAUGCUUGGAUUGAAAUGUUGAAAACUCGCCAUUUUCAUAGCUAAUCAGUUGCUGGUUUUCACAGUUAAGUAAUCAGUUCUUUUUGGCUAGUUUGAGUCUAAAGCCCAAUAUCAAGCUUGGUUUUUAGAUGCCACCUUUCAUACACAUGUGUAUCCAUCUUGCGGCACGAUUCUUGUGCAAGCGAUUUGUAAAUUAUCGAACUGUACGCAUUUGUAAAACUGCGAAAGACCUGUUUUGCUAUUAAAAUAUUUGAAAAAUGA